GCCCAGGGCGGCGGCGCUUGGCGCUUCGGCUAGCGCCAACGGCGAGGGGCCGGUGGUCUUCUCCAUGGCAGACGACGACGACGGCGUGUCUUUCGAGGAGCAGCAGAGUCCCGGGCGUCAGAGCGGGAGCCCCAGCCAUCGAGGCAUGGAUUUGCUGGAGAGCCCAGCCAAGGCCUCCGUGGGCGGUGCUUCGGACGACCUGCACGAGUACGAGAAGAUCGAGGCCCAGUUUGAGCGCUUCCGGGCCCGCCAAGCCGAGGUGGAGCGCAAUGUGGCCGCGCUUUUGCAGAGGCUCAACACGCAGGUCCGCGUUCCAAGCUCAGUGGCCUCCUCUGAGUGUGGGGACCUCACGUCGCUGGCGUCUUCCGAGUGGGACGCCGAGUCUCUCGGACCGACUGAGGACGGGCUGAGCUUUCUCGGUUCCAGAGCGGGCUCGCCGCCACGCUCUCCGCUUAUGUCUCCGAGGGGCGAGAGUGGCGAGGCCUCCUCGUCAGGGGCUGGGAGGCGACCCGCGCAGGCGGACGGCCGGGCCGGGGCCGGGCCUGCCGACGUCGAGCUUCCGGCCAGACCAGCAAGACACAGCACGGGCACGGUCCGCGGCGGGGGCGAGCGAGGCGAUUUGCUGAAGCUCACGCCAAGGAAGGGCACCGACAGCCAGGGCGCCGAUGGCGCUGUGGCGGCCGCCGCCGCCGCUGGCACACGGGCGCCUGCGGGCGGUGGCUCGCUGGCGGCGGCUGUGCCAGCGCCGCCCCCGGGAGCCGCCGCAGAGGCGGCCGGCGAGGGGGCGGGCAGCGCCGAGGCCGCCGGGAGCGCUCGGCUUGGCGCGGAGGGGGCCGAGCCCGUGCCCGCGGUGCCCGAGCCCGCGCCCGCGGUGCAGGCCACCGCCCCGCGCCUGACGGAGCAGCUGCUGGCGGAGUCGGAGGCGGUUGCGCAGCGCCCAAGCGGCACGCCGCCGCCCGCGGGCCGCCCGGAGGCGGAGGUGCGCCGCGACCUGCUGCCCCGCUUCGGCGCGGCCAGCGCGGAUCCCUCCUGCCAUGCGGCUCUCGUGCCUCGGGGCGGCGACGAGGCGGGCGACGAAGACUGGCGCUGGCAGGGCUGGACCAUGUUCCCGACCCAGGAUGGCCGGCUGUUUUUCCACCACGAGGCGCAGCAGAAGUCGCAGUGGUACCAGCCAGACGAGCUCAGCGGUGUCCUGGGCGAGUGGAAGGAGGUCGUCGACGAGUCACAACCAUCGCGGCCCAUGUUCUGGCGGAAUGAGUUGCUGCGCCUCUCGCUGUGGAAGGACCCGAGGAACACGCCCAGUAUCUUCCAGGCGGCCCUGGACGGCAACCUGUUCUUCAUGCAGCUGUACGCUGAGGUGGAGGGGCAGCUGGAUGUCGUCGACCCUGCGGGCCUCAGUGCGCUGCAUUAUGCUUGCGCGGGAGGCUCGAUGCAAAGCACGAUCUUCUUAUUGCAGCGGCAGGCGGAGCUGGACAAGCCGGACAAGACUGGGGCGACGCCGUUGAUUUUUGCGUGCCGCUACGGCUACGCAGAAGUGGUGAAAGUUUUGCUGGACGCUGGCGCCAGUUUGCAGGCAGCAUGUCAGGGCGGCAACACCGCCCUGCACGAGGCAGCGGCAAUGGGACAGCUGGACUGUUGCCACUUGCUGCUCCUGUGCGGCGCCGACGCGUCGCUCCCCAACGACAGCGCCCAGACCCCCCUGGACCUGGCCGCGAGCAACGGGAACCACAAGUGCCACAUGCUGCUCAGGCACCACCAGCAGAACAUCCCCCGCCCGGACGCGCCCUGGGCCCAGCGGGCGGGUCCUGAGGCCGCCGCCAGGGCGCCAGCGCCACCGCCGCCGCCGGGCCCAGCGCCGGCCCAGGCCGCGAGGUCGCCGCCACCGGCGGGCUGGAAGGCGGCCCUCGCGCCUGCGGCUCCCCCGCGGCCCGCGUCCGCCGGUGGGCCGCCCGCGGCCGCCGCCGCGGCCUCGCCGCCCCGGCCUGCGCAGGCGGCCCGCGAGAGGAGGCCCUCUGCGGGCGCGGCCGCCUCGCGCUCGCCGAGCGCGCGCCGCUCGCAGCCGGCCGCCGCGGCCGGCGGUGGCCCGGAGGGCGAGGAGGUGCAGCGGGGUGGGUCACCUCCGGGCGCAGCCGUGUCGCGCUCGCCGAGCGCGCGCCGCUCGCGGCCGGCCGCGACCAGGGAUGGCCUGGAGGGCGAGGAGGUGCAGCGGGGCGGGUCACCUCGCUCAAGCGGGACACCGACCAAGGCCGCUGGUGGGCCCGAGCAGAUUCAGCUGCGCGGGUCGCCUCGCUCGAGCGGGACACCGACGAGGGCCGCCUCGCCCAUUCCACCGCCGGUGGAGGAGCAGAGGCGCGGCGUGCUGGGAUUCGUCAGGGGCUUGUGGCGGAGACCCAUCCGCGCGGACCUCGGAGUCCCGAACCAGUACCGAUACAACCCCGACACGAUGAGGUGGGAGUUACCGCCGACCGCGCAGCGGUGAGAAGCCAGCUUCUUAGUGGUAUAGGGGCUCUGGCCGAUUGGGCUCAGCAGCCAUAGCGCGCGGCUUUUGAUGAUGGCACGUUGGCGUGUUUAACACCAAAAAAACCAUUGGCAAGUGGAGUAAGUAAGCCGCAGGACUUCGAAUUUGAGGCCA